UCGGCCGGAGAGCGACACUGAUCUUCCCUAUGGAGGAGAGGAGGAGGCCACACGAGGAUGCUGUCAUCCGUUGUCAACGACCUCGACAGACGAUAACAACAUGAAAAUAGAUUUAUACUAAAAAUACUGCGAGUUAAUUAACAUCGCACUCGGCGUGGGCCGUCCGUGGGGAUGAUGGCGUCCCAAUGCACGGAGCAAGCCGUGCAGGAUUUCCUGAUGGAGCGAGGAGGGAGGGUCCAACAGAUGGAGCUGAUGGAUCAUUUCCUAUCAGCGUGGGGAGGGGAUGGCCAGUCAAAAGAAGAGGUGGAUCUCGAGGUGCUGAAACACGUCGUGGACCGCGUGAGUUUCGUGCAGGUGGAGAACGGCGUGAAAUUCGUGUGUUUGAACGCGAGUGGGAACGCGAGCUCGGCGAUGCGUUCGGGUGCAGGCGGCCACGAUCACGCGGAGUGCAACGGAAAUAUCCAGGAGACGCUGGACGACAACUGCAUCAACGGCAACCCCGACAACGGAGCCCAAACAGGAGUGUCUGGUGCAAUGGCUGCAGGCCUGGACAAUGACAAACCAUCCAAUGGCAAUGGGCAACAUGCGUCCUCCUCUGACAACAACACCAACACGGGCUUGACCUCUGGAGGAGGAGGGGGGGUGAGCCUGAGGAACAGGAGGAGGCGAGAGUCAGCCCCAGUCAUUGGGACGUCGGACCCGGAUCAGGCUCACUCCCACAGCAGUCAGCAGGUGAGAGGAGCGCGCCGGGUGUCCAAGGGGUCCCAGCGGGCCGUGCUGACGAGCUGCCUGUCAGAAGACAGCGCGUUGGAGGGGCUGGACCCUGUGGGAGACGUCAACACGCCCAAGGGAAGCCGGCGGAACUUCAUCGAGCUGAUGAUGAGUAGUUCUCCGCAGGUGCGCCGCUCCCUGAUCCACCGCGGCUCGCGCCUCUGGGACCCCGCGAGGAACGACGGCGACUCGGCGUCGCUCCUCUCCUCGGCCGCGGACGAGGACUGCGCCUCGGUGACCCUGGACCCGCUGGAGCACGAGUGGAUGCUGUGCGCGUCCGAGGGCCUGUGGGAGAGCCUGCAGCCCCUGCUCGCCGUGGAGCCCGGCCUGGUGGCCAAGAAGGACUUCGUGACCGGCUUCACCUGCCUCCACUGGGCGGCCAAGCAGGGCAAGGCCGAGCUGCUGGCCCGGCUGCUGGCCUUCGCCAAGGAGAACGCAGUACCCGUGAACGUGAACGUGAGAUCGGGCGCCGGGUACACGCCGCUACACCUGGCGGCUAUGCAUGGACACACACAGGUGGUCCGCGUGUUGCUCUCAGACUGGGACGCGGACCUUGAGGCCCGGGACUACAGCGGGAGGCGACCCAUCCAGUACCUCCCCCCAUCGCUCGCUGCCGGGCUGCAGGAGGAGGGAGUGGUCACGUCCCCGGGCGCCGGGUCCGACGGCGAGAGCGCCGGCGCCAGCAGCGGCGCAGGGCGCGGCUGGAGGUUUCCCAAGGUGCUCCAGGGCAAUCUGAACCCCCUGCGGCUGCUGAACCCGCCGGCCGAGGCGGCGGAGGAGGCGCUCGGCACCGGGAAGUCGAAGGGGGGCAUGCAGAGGAAGUCGUCCCUGAGCCGGCUGAACGCACGCCUGCACCGAGGCCGCCACAGAGCGCAGAUCAUCCACAGCGCCUCCUUCAGGGACACGGGGGAGGUGGGACGGGAGGAGCUCCCCAGCAGCCCCCUCCGAACCCGGCCGCUGUCCAACCUGUUUGGAUGAGUUUACGCCAGUAAAACCAUUUAACACGUUAUAAGCUAAGACUAAGAUUAAAUAGUGUACAUCUUAAUAUAUAGUCUGAAGCAGAUUUUUUAAAUUAUUGGAAUAUCUACAAGGGGAUGUUUUUAUAAAACUAUAACUUUUUUGUUCCUGUUGCAGUUGUUGAUCACUAACUGGACGUGGCACAAGUUUUUUUUGUUGUUUUUUUUUAUUUCUCUGGUUUCAAAGUUCUGUAUUAGAGCAGUACACCAGCCUUUUAGUUUUUUUUUCUACACAGGAAUGUAUCACAUGCCACAUUCGUUUUUACUCACGUUGUUGUUUUACAGAGUAAUAUAUUUAUAGACCUCAUUUCUAUAUUUCCACGGGUUUUGACUGGUUGGUGCAGAUUCUUACAUUUCGGUAAUGAUUUUUUUUUAACACUUUUCCAUGUAGCAAAUUUUUUAAUCUGUUUUUUAGUCAUAGAUUUCUUGUGUGUCAAGGAAACCAUUUACAGUCGUCACUUUUGCACUUGUCACUUUGAAGAUGAUUGAGAAUUAUGGGAGGAAAGCUGCAAAAACUCAAACCGGCUGCUUUGGGAUCAGAUAGUUCUUACAGUUUUACUGUUUGUGCAGUAGAAGUACAAAUGUCACAAUUUGAACUUUUCUGAUACCUUUUCUAAUAUUAAUAUAACAAACACUAGAGGGUGAAGAUUACACUGGGACACACACAGGGAUUUUGUAGGUUUCUACAAUUGUACUCACAUCCAAUUUCAAAUGGUGCAGCGUUUUACAGUUUUAACUCUUUGCUUCAAAUACAAUACAGUUUAAUAUAUUAAUCAAUCGUGUUUGUAAGAGUUGCUCAUCUACACAAUUACAGGCAGCAACCAGUGUAAAAUUGAUCCAAUAAAGUCAAACUAACUGCAUGUUGUUGUUGUCCUCAUGCAUGGACGCAGUCAUUUGCUCAUUUGUCAUGUCUGUGUUGUCUCUAAAUGGUAAAACGCUGCAUGUUAAGCGGUCGAGCACAGUGACGUUUGACUGUUUCCCAGAUAUCCUGUAAAAAUGCUGAUCCCAUAGUUCAUGAAUGUUCCCGUUUUGUAGCAUUUGUACUCGGACCAUAAGACGUCAAAUGCUGCGUGGAUGACAGUUUUGUACUUAUGUUUAUACAGAUGUACACUGACCUUUAUGGGAAGUGUCAAUGCUGAGAACUGUUUAUUUUUUAUGUCUGUAAGUCAGUCUUGUGUCUGUCUUUUUACAAAAUGCGUUUAUUUAGUACAAACACUGUUGAUGAGCCACUGUUGUGUUUCUAGUCGCAUCUCGUCUUUAAAUAUGAAAUAAAGCAAUAACUACUUG